GUGAAAGGCCGUGGGGGCGGAGCUUCCUGCGAAUGGCGGAUUUUUUUUAUUUCUGUUCAGUCAGUCAUGUUUACGCUCGACUGAGCAAGUUUUACUCUGUUCGUGUUUCUUUUCUUAUUUGUGAUACACAUAUUUAUACGCAGUUUAUAAUAUACUUUACCCGAUGUCAUGUUAGCUAACGUCAGCUUAGUGGCGCGUUUGUCUGUGUUUUUAGCUUUCCUUCAGUAUGAGCACCGUCAAGAAGAAAAGCUACAUGGGUCAGCACCAGAUCAAGAAGAGCUUCCAAGCCCCUGACGAAUCAGCAGUCAGAAACACUUUGCAGAUUAACGGCUGUAUGUCAGACACAGUAAAUACAAAACAAUCAGAUGCUGGGAAAACUGAUGUAAUGGUUCCGCUGGCAGAAUCCUCAUUAGCUCUGGAUGAAGAGAUGCUAAUGGUUCUGGAUGCUGCGGAUGCUGUGACGCCUGCAGCACACAAAGCAUGUUCGACCACAGUAAACAGUCCUGUACGAGAUCCUGCUGCAGACAGGGAGCAAAUCAAAGACUGCACUCGCAGAGAACACAGGACCCAGGUGAGGGUCUGUGGUAGCAGGGUCGGUGUUUGUCAAAGGCCAGAUUGGAGGGUUGACUGUGAAGACCUUGCUCAGCGGCUUCUCUUCAGCGAAAACACAAAUGAAGCAGAUCAACCUCAAAAGGGCGCUGAGACCGUCCACACAGCUACAUCUUCUGCCUGCACUGGUGAGAUACACAGACAAAAAGUGUCAGAGGAUCAGAAGAAACAGCCCUCCAACAGUGCACACAGGUGCACAGGAAAAAGAAAGAGCUCUCCUCUUGAUGAAGCCAAAAGUGGGAUAAAUAAGAAUGCUUCUUCGCCUCAAGAUGUGUCCCCUGACUACAUCCUGUUCAGCCCCACCCGGCUGGCAGCAGCCAUGAAGCAGGCCAAACAGCAGCGGCCUGAACAUGAUCAGUCAGCCUCUGUGCUCACAGUUCCCACCGGUUUAGAGCUCAGUUCACUACUCAGUGACACGUUACCUCAAGCAGCCUUGUGUGCUCCAAUGGACCAGGAUGAUAAACUCUUAUUAUCCAGUUGGGGUUUACCAAAACCAGUCCUGGAGCGCUACCAGAAGCACGGAGUGACUCGCAUGUUUGAAUGGCAGGCUCAGUGUCUUGCUGUUGGACAGGUGCUGCAGGGCGGUAACCUGGUAUACUCUGCCCCAACUAGCGCUGGAAAAACGCUGGUAUCUGAGCUGCUGAUGUUGAAGCGCGUGCUGGAAACCAAGAGAAAAGCUCUCUUCAUCUUGCCGUUUGUCUCUGUGGCCAAAGAGAAGAUGCACUACCUUCAGAGUGUUUUUCAAGAGGCAGGAGUACGUGUAGAGGGAUAUAUGGGCAGCACCUCUGCUGCUGGAGGCUUCACAACACUGGAUGUGGCUGUGUGCACCAUCGAAAAAGCCAACUCUCUCAUUAACAGACUCAUUCAAGAGAACAAUAUGGAUCUAUUAGGUGUGGUGGUGGUGGACGAGUUGCACAUGGUUGGUGAUUCUGGAAGAGGAUACCUGCUGGAACUGCUUUUAACCAAAAUACACUACAUUGUACAAAAGCAGAACGCCACAGGCUCCCUUUCUGAGGGAGUACAGAUAAUUGGAAUGAGUGCCACUCUGCCCAAUCUCUCAGUCCUGGCUUCCUGGCUUGGGGCUGAGCUCUACCAAACAGACUACAGGCCUGUUCCCCUGCAGGAGCAUCUCAAGGUGGGCAGCAACAUCUUCGACAAGAGCCUCUCCCUGGUUCGGCAGUUCAGUCCAGCACUCCGCGUUAAGGAUGACGAUGACCACAUCGUGAGCUUGUGUUACGAGACGGUCACAGAGGGCCACUCUGUGUUGCUGUUCUGCCCGUCUAAGAACUGGUGUGAGAAACUGGCAGACAGCAUUGCUCGAGAGUUCUUCAACCUCAGACACACUGAAGGGCGGCGAGAUGUGGAGACCCAGCCGGUGAAUCUGGAUCAGGAGGGGCUGGUGGACGUUAUCGCACAGCUGAGACGAACUCCAGCCGGUUUAGACACAAUCCUACAGCGGACUGUGCCUUGGGGCGUGGCCUUCCACCACGCUGGUUUGACAUUUGAUGAGCGCGACGUAUUGGAGGGAGCUUUUCGUCAGGGCUUGAUCAGGGUCCUAGCUGCCACCUCAACCCUGUCUUCAGGGGUUAAUCUCCCAGCCCGCAGGGUCAUCAUCCGAACCCCUACCUUCAAUGGACACGUGCUGGAUCCACUGACAUACAAACAGAUGGCUGGACGUGCAGGGAGAAAAGGAGUUGAUACGACAGGCGAAAGUGUUCUGGUGUGUAAAGAAGCCGAACGGCAGAAAGGUAUUGUUCUCCUUCAGGGUUCUCUGCAGCCAAUCAGCAGCUGCCUGGUGAAAAGAGAGGGGGACGGUGUCACUACUAGUAUGCUUCGAGCCAUCCUGGAGAUCAUUGUCGGAGGUGUAGCUAGCUCUCCGCAGGAUGUGAGGUCAUAUGCUUCGUGCUCUCUGCUGGCUGCCACCAUGAAGUGUGAUGACAAAAAGGAAUCGGAUGCUGAAACAAACAAAGGGGCCAUUGAAUCCUGUGUUGAAUGGUUGAUGGAGAAUGAAUUUAUCAGAAUCGACAGGGAUGGAAAAGACGAGCGGUACUGUCCAACCCAACUCGGUGCUGCCACCUUGUCGUCCUCUCUCUCUCCUCCCGAGGCUCUUGGAAUAUUUGCAGAUCUCCAGCGGGCUAUGAAAGGCUUUGUCCUUGAAAAUGACCUACACAUUCUUUAUUUGAUCACCCCUCUGUAUGCAGAGUGGACGACCAUCGACUGGUAUCAGUUCUUCUGUCUGUGGGAGCAACUCUCGUCUUCCAUGAAGAGGGUGGCAGAGCUGGUGGGGGUGCAGGAAGGCUUUCUGGCGCGGUCUGUCAGUGGCAAACAUGUUGCCAAAACAGAAAAGCAACGCAGACAGAUGGCUAUUCACAAACGGUUCUUCACUACUCUCGUACUACAGGAUCUGGUGAUGGAGGUACCUUUGGGAACUGUAGCGUCCAAAUAUAACUGCAGUCGCGGGCAGUUACAGUCACUUCAGCAGUCUGCCUCCACAUAUGCAGGUAUGGUGAUGGUGUUCUGCAGACGUCUUGGCUGGCACAACAUGGAACUGCUCUUGUCUCAGUACCAAACCAGACUGAGCUUUGGAGUUCAGAGGGAACUGGUCGACCUGGUCAGAGUUUCUCUCUUGAAUGCCACACGAGCCCGAGCCCUGUAUGCACAAGGUCUCUGUACUGUCGCUGAGCUGGCCAGAGCAACUGUGUCUGAUGUGGAGAAAGCCUUGAGGAAUGCCAUCCCGUUUAAGAGCUCUAAACGUGCAGUGGAUGAGAGUGAGGUGGAGGCAGCCGAGCGACGGAGUCUGCGCUGUGUUUGGGUCAGCGGUGGGCGGGCCCUGACAGAGCAGGAAGCAGCCACUGAGAUCGUGUCUGAAGCACAGCUCCUCCUCCGGGAAGAUUUGGCUAAAUUAGGAGUCCAGUUGGACCCGGGAACACUUGCUGCCGGGUUCCCUGUUGUUAUAGAACCCUGUCGUAGCACCCACUCAGAACGUGGAUCUGGCAGCCGACAUGAAACAAAGAUGAAUGACAAUCAAGUGUUCCAAGACCAGGUCAGCUUUCUGAGCAGAACUGACAGAGAGAGAGAAGAGAUUAAAGCAGAAAGUCAAAGUGGGACCAAAGUGGACAAGAAAAUGAAAGGCAGAAAAGAGAAAGAGCAAACAAAGUGGGAUCCUGAGGACAAGGAAAAGAAGAGACAACUGGAGAAGAGCACAAAAGACAAGACAGAGUUAGAAAGAGGACAAGCCAGUAACGACAGACCAGUGGAGCGAAGGACAGAAGCAAGGAAAGGAGAAGGAUGUAAUGGAGGGAAUGAAAGCCGCAAGAAGUCAGAGAAAGGAGGGAAUGAGUGGAAAAAAGCAAAGCAGAAAAGAGUGCCGAUGAAUGAAGAGACCAUCCCAGUUAGCAUAGAGGGACAGCAAGUUCACUGGUCUGUUCCUGAAAGGAACGUCACACAGGAAUUAGCUGAAAUUAUGUCCAGCCCUGUGCUUCAACCGCCACCACCUCCUCGCUCCUCACCUUCCUCAAGACCUCCUCCUCGAUUUAGAGGAUUAAUAUCCUGGGCAGGGGAAAGACAGGAUACCACAUCGCAUGUGCGGCCAGGGACAGUGAAACACUCAAGAGCACUAAGCAAAGUCCUCAACUCCAUACAAACUGACAGAAACCUACAAGAUCAUCUGGAAACUGUGCAGAUAUUAAACAUGUCAACAUCCGAAGCCGCUUCGUCAAAUCAGAAACAGACACCUGCAGUCCAGCUGCCUGCCACUCCUUCUUCUUCCACUGUGCCUGCUCCCCAAAAUACAGAUAUGUCAGAUGGACCUGUGUUCACCUCUCCAGCCUCAGCUCCUGAGUCCAAGCGAAGAAGGAUAGGAGAGGUCGAUAAUGUUUUGUCUCCUGAACUGUACGCAAGAGAUGAGGGAGCUAAAGGAGGUGGAGGGAGUCCAAUUGGAAAUGGCAACAAUGUAGAUUUGGAUACUCAGAAACGUCAGCAGGAAAACCAGUAUAGAUCGAAUGAUACUGCAGAGGAGGGGAAAAUACUACCGGCACCUGCUGAGGUGGAAGGUCACAACCCAGCAUGUCCCAUAUUUAAUAUCUCGCUGACAGACAGCCAGAUGGACCUCCUUCUUAACACCAACCACCAGACUUCUCCUGGUCCAGGUGGUGGUUCAGAUAUGGAUAACAAAACUGAAGAUCCCUGUUCCGACCAGGCUGCUUCUGAGGUUCUUAACGGAAGCAGUAGCUUCUUAUUUGACAGCCUGUACGAUGGCUCUCUGCUGGAUGUUCUGAGCCCACAACAGACCUCGGACCAAGUGGUUGCUGAGGAGCCUGCUAACCAGGUCAGAGAAGACUUCCACCUUCCAUCAAGUCAGCGGCGGCGCAGUGAGCUUCUCGCUAACCAGGAGGCAGAAAAGCAGGAGGCAAUGCAGUGGAGCGAGUCCUCCUUCAACCUCUCAGAAUGGGGUGACUCACUGCUGGUGGGCGAGCACUUCCUAGAGAGGCAGAGCUUGUUGAUGCAUGAAGAGAGAACACCGAAGGAAGAAGAUCACAUUAACCUUCAUGAGUCGAAACCCACUACUGACAGAGUUCCACUGGAGCAACAGCUAAUUGAGGCGAUAGAGCCAGAGUUCAGCUGUAUCGCUCAUCAGGAACGCGGUUUGGGACGGGUAAGUGAAGAGAGCAAAAACAGGAAAUAUGUAGAGGAGGAAGAGAAGGAGAGGGAUAAUCCUGUGUUUUUGGAGAAUACCAUCUCACAUCCAAAUGUUCAAAAACCUUCUCAAAGCAUUCAUUACUGUAGUCCUGGUCUUCAAGACAUCUUUGACCAGUGGACCAGUAUGUCUGACCAGGCCUGGCAAAACUCUACAUCAGUCCCAACAGGCGCUGGAAUACACACACAAGAUGUUCAAGGAAUACCAAUGGCCAGCACAGAAGGAGAAAAUGUGACUGUAAGAUGUGCUGCUGCUGCUGGGAGCGAUUCCCAAGAGGAUAAAUGUCUCAUUGUGCACAAUACGCCAGAGAGACCAGGCUCAGCCGGUGACCUUAUCCCCCCUACUCAGGAAUCCGCACCUGUGACACCAAGAGUGAAACUCACCACCUCGUCUGUGCAGUCACCGCUCACUGCUCAACCACUUAACCAGUCGACUCCCUCGACAUGCCCCAUCAGGCCAGCAGUAGCUCCAAAAUCUCACAAGGCACAAAUUAAACUUCACCAAACUGCUCUUCAAUCAGAGACCGGUUCAGACCAAAACCGAUCGAAAUUUACAAUGAACCACAACCACAAGUCUGUCUCUGAGCCUGAUCAGAAGUCCAAAGAUAAAUCAAAUUCUAGUUCACAAACUCCCAACAAAAACCUGGACCACACCCAGGACUGUGCCUCUCCAUCCUCCCCUGUGCCAAGGCCUCCUUCUGAUUCAGAAUCAGCAGUCGUCAACAAAGAUUUUGCACUUCAACUGUCCCAGGAUGUUUGUCUCACUAACAGCAGCUCAAGGACAUUUUCCAUCAUAGAUGUAGCGAGUGACAGUCGCCUUUUCCACACUUUCAUUGAAGAGUGGAAGACAAAAGAGCGCUAUUCGCUGGCUCUGGCCUGUGAAAAACAUGGAAGCACAGAGCCGACUGACGGGGCAAUCGGAGGAAAACAUGCAAAAGUAUCUGCUGCUCGUCAGAAGCCUCACAGGGCUGAUGGGUUUCCAGUGAAGAACAAAGAUGGACUAGUGCUUAUUGGACUGUCUGUCUGCUGGGGUGCAAGAGAUACAUAUUACAUAUCUCUCCAGGAAGAUCAGAGCAAAGGUCUGAGCUCCAGUCUGGCCCCUCCGCCACUGGAUGAUGAUUUGUCGGUGAGCGAGAGGUUGAAGCAGGUGGAGACUUGUCUGAACUGCUCACUGGAUGGUAGUUCAGGGAAUGUGGUUGUUGCCUAUGACAUCAUCCGGGUGUAUAAGACGCUAGUAUUGAGCUGUGGUAUCAGCCUGCAGGGAAACUGCGAAGACCCAAAGGUGGCCUGCUGGUUGGUCGACCCUGGAAGUGAAGAGAGAACUUUACCAAAUAUGGUGACAGUCUACUGUCCAGAAGAACUACCUUUGCUGGAUGGAUUCGGGUGUGCAGGUGCACAGUGUUCCCGUGUUCGGGCAGCAACUGAGAGUGUGAUUGUGUACGCUGCCAUGGAGCGUCUCACCGACCUGCUACAGACAGAUGGCAUGCUGGAUUUAUUCAGGGGUAUGGAGAUGCCUUCGCAGCUAUGUUUGGCUCUGUUGGAACUGAACGGCUUCGGCUUCAGUGUCGAGGAGUGUGAAAGACAAAAACAUGUGAUGCAAGCCAAGCUCGCAGCGUUGGAAUCUCAGGCUUACGACCUGGCUGGACACAGGUUCUCCCUCACCAGCAUCGAUGACGUUGCACAAGUGUUGUUCUUAGAGCUCCGUCUGCCUCCUAACGGUGAUAUGGGUGGGUCAAAGUGUAAGAAGACUCUGGGCUAUACCAGGAGAGGAGGCUGCAAAGUGCGACUUGGAAAGCAGUUCAGUACCACCAAGGAUGUUUUAGAGAAGCUGCACCCACUGCACCCAUUGCCAGGUGUGAUUCUGGAGUGGAGGAGGAUCACCAAUGCUUUAACGAAAGUGGUUUUCCCCCUGCAAAGAGAGAAGCAACACCAUCCAGCACUUGCAAUGGAUAGAAUCUACCCUAUGGUUCAGACCCACACAGCCACAGGUAGAGUGAGCUUCACCGAACCCAACAUACAGAAUGUUCCCAAAGACUUUGACAUUUACAUGCCCACGAUGGUGGGUGAGCGUCCACCAUCACAAGAUGGCCACCACAUGAUGACCAAGCCUGGCAGCAAGAGACAUUCUGUGAUCCCUCCACUGAAAGGUGACAGCACAGACAGAGGCCCCGCUUUCUCUGUCAGCAUGAGACACGCCUUUGUGCCUUUUUCGGGCGGAAUGAUACUCGCAGCUGAUUAUUCCCAGCUGGAGCUCAGAGUGCUGGCUCACCUGUCCAAGGAUCAGCGCCUCCUGCAGGUUCUGAACGGAGGAGCAGAUGUUUUCCGUUGCAUUGCUGCAGAGUGGAAAAGUGUUGACCCAGAGACUGUGAACGACAACCUCAGACAACAAGCAAAACAGAUUUGCUACGGCAUUAUUUACGGGAUGGGAGCCAAAUCUUUGGGGGAACAAAUGGGAGUGGAGGAGAACGAUGCAGCCUGCUACAUAGAGAGUUUUAAAACCAGAUACAAAGGGAUCAACUUUUUUCUUCGAGAAACAGUGAGGAACUGUAUAAAAAAUGGUUAUGUUCAGACUCUGAAGGGGCGCAGAAGAUAUCUCCCUGGGAUUACUCACACCAACUCACACACCAGAGCACACGCAGAACGUCAGGCUGUGAACACGACUGUCCAGGGUUCAGCAGCAGACAUUGUUAAAAUUGCCACUGUGAACAUCCAGAAACGACUGCAGAAAACGUAUCCUACAGUUUCACUGUCCCACCAGCACACACGCUCAGACAAUCAGCGCAGGGCCGCGGCGUCUCGUCUGAGAGGUGCCUACUUUGUUCUGCAGCUGCACGAUGAACUCAUUUAUGAAACCACAGAGGAAGACCUCAUACAGGUUGCUCAAAUAGUGAAGAGAGAGAUGGAGUCGGCGUUAAAACUGUACGUGAAACUAAAGGCCAAAGUCAAGGUGGGACCCAGUUGGGGCAACUUGCAGGAUUUAGAUGUAUAAAGUGUGUGUUUGUGUGUCUGAUACGACGUUAUUGCAGGUUCUGUAAUAUAUAAAGAUGGCAAUUUGCACAAAAACAAAUUUUUAACCACUCUAUUAAUAAUGAAAUAGUAAGCUAUGAACUUGAUGAAUGAAAUGCUUUGACUUCCAGUGUAGUCUAAAAAAUGUAAAUUUUUAACAAGUAAAAAUUUGAAUGGACUCCUAAUGCAACAUUCUGUGUAUAUCAUAAUAAAUUUAAACAGACUGGGUC